UGGCGAACAGCCCCUGUCAAAUUUUAUAAGUCAGUUUCGAGAUUGCAAAAUGCCACAUAUUUUGAAUGCAGAUUACAUGUAACGUUAAGAAGUAUCUCUUAUUCAAAAUUCUUUUCAAGCAGCCGAUUUCAAGUUGUUUAAGAUGAAUUUUUUGGGUUUUGGUCAAACCGCUGAUAUUGAUAUAGUCUUCGAUGGAGCUGCUAAUCGAAAAAUGACUGAUGUGAAAAUGGAAGAUGGCAAAAAAGAACGGCAAUUAUUAUAUUAUGACGGUGAAACUGUCUCUGGAAAGGUAAAUGUUACGUUACGAAAACCUGGAACCAAAUUGGAACAUCAAGGAAUUAAAGUUGAACUAAUAGGUCAGAUUGAACUCUAUUAUGAUAGAGGCAAUCACCAUGAAUUUACUUCUCUCAUUAAGGAAUUGGCUAGACCUGGUGACUUAUUGCAGAACACAAGUUAUCCCUUUGAGUUUGCAAAUGUUGAAAAGCCUUAUGAAGUAUAUACAGGAGCUAGUGUUAGAUUAAGAUAUUUUUUGCGUGUAACUGUUGUGAGGCGUUUGAGUGAUAUAAUUAAGGAAAUUGAUAUAGCAGUUCAUACAUUAAGUAGUUAUCCGGAAAUGAAUGUUCCAAUAAAAAUGGAGGUUGGAAUAGAAGAUUGCUUACAUAUAGAAUUUGAGUACAAUAAAUCCAAAUAUCAUUUGAAAGAUGUAAUUGUUGGGAAAAUAUAUUUUUUGUUGGUUAGAAUUAAAAUCAAACAUAUGGAAAUAGCUAUUAUUAAAAAGGAAACAUCAGGUUCAGCUCCAAGUCCAUUUUUAGAAACUGAAACCAUUGCCAAGUAUGAAAUCAUGGAUGGAGCACCAGUAAAAGGAGAGAGCAUUCCAAUAAGAGUAUUUUUAGCAGGCUAUGACUUAACUCCAACGAUGAGAGAUAUUAAUAAAAAGUUUUCUGUUCGCUACUAUUUGAAUCUCGUAUUGAUGGAUACUGAAGAUAGGCGCUAUUUUAAACAACAGGAAAUAACCUUGUGGCGCAAAGGUGAUAAAUCUCGUAAAACGACCGCAGCAAACCCUCAUGUGCCGAGCCACUUGGUGGGUGCUGACGGGAAUAUAAUUCAGCACACGGACAAUGCUCAUCCCAUCCCCGCAACAAAUGCAGGUUUGUUCAGCGAAGGAGAGAGUCCAACCGAAAAUUUGAAUCAGCCUACAAACGCGUCGUCUAACAAACAAGCAUUAGUUGAGGAUGAUGGUAACUUAUUCAAAAAUUCAUCUCCCCAAAAUCAAAUAUCUGAAUAAACAUUUUCUAAAAUUGAUUUAAUGAAAGUUCAUACAUAAAAUUCCCCUUGGUAAUCCUAAAUUAAAGCACUAAAACGAUUUAUCUUCAAAUUCAGUUUGAUGAAUAAUUUUUGAUUACGUAAAUAAUAUAUUUAAACAUAUUACAAUUGGUCAAUUAUGUUAUCAUUAUUGCCA